GGUUAGUUGUUCAGUGCCAGUCCGUCAGGCGACAACAAUGACCACUCCACAAGACGCCGCCACCAGCGUGACAGCAUUUAUCGAUUUUGGAUAUACAUUGGAUUAGAGAGCUUGGCUCCAAGGAAAAGUUCCAGCUCUGGUCGCCGCUGGGCAACCCACACAGUACGGCCUCUACAUGAGUAUGUUGGGGUUUGUCUAUCUGGUUCUCAUCUUGGGCUGGAUACUGAUCGUGCUGUUUCUCAAGUGCAAAAAGUCCUUGGCCGCACCGUUUCGCUUUGGCGAGAACUACACAGAUGCCAUUGCCGAUACGGAACGUCGUCCUUCGGUGCAUGUGAUACAGUUGCAGCACGAGGAUGUGGAGAGCGAGGACCACUAUAUGGAUAGCUUUCACCGGAACACUGACAACCUGCAGCGGUACUCGCAUCGCUCGCAGCGCUCCACCCUGGAAGAGCGCACAGUUGAGCGUGCCUAUCCCACAGAUGCCAUCAUUAAUCCGGCCUACAUGCACGACGAGGAUUAUGUGAUCAAUGCUCCGCCACCGACGUACGAGGAGGUGAUGCGCCAGCCACAGGUCUAUCCACAGGUUCGCCACAAUAAUCACAAGAUAAGCGAUGCUAAUAUUUAGAUAUUUAGUCCACCUAACUAAGCAUUGAUUUGAUCUGUACAUACUGGUAGUUUGUCAUUGUCCGCUGUGAUUUACAGAUAGAUUUUAGUUGGAUCUUUUUAUUUUAGUUGCACCUAAACGAAACAAAAUCAAUUCGAUUGAUUGAACUUAGGUGGCCUGCGCCCACUUGCACUGCGAAUAAUAACAUUAAUUACACCACUCAUAGUACAUACAUAGCUUUACAUAGAAAAAUGUAUAAAUGAUUCUACAGAAGUAUGAUUAAUAAGUAUGGUUAUGAUUAAUGAUUUAUGAUUAAUGAUUAACGAUUAAUGGUUAAUGGUUACAAACAAACAGUCAGUCCAAGUACAGUCAAAGUUGUUGCAGAUUGUAAUUGUAAAUAAAUUAAGAAUGGCGAUUGAUAAAUAAAAAGUGUACAAAAAUAAAACGUAAACGUUUCCCUUCUUCAUUUUGGCUAAAUUAAGUCGCUAAAUUCGAUAUACACACACACACACACACGCAUGGCGGCUGGCUAAUGGCUGCACAUAUGUAUGUACAUAUUGUUGAUACAUAAAAGUAAAUGUGCUCGUUCCAACAUGGCUCAGA